AUGUUGCGUUCUAUGUGCCAUCUAGCUAGGAAGCUAAGUACCUGUGAAUGGGGAAAGGAAGUACAUGAUAGCUAGAUCUAGCUUGCAUGAAAUGUAAAGUGGCUAGCUAGUGAGUAAUUACACGUCGAAAUCGGAGAAAGAGAUCACAAUAAGUUAGCCAGACAGGUAGUUAAAUUGGAAGUUGUAAUCGGCAAGGAAAACGGAUGACAGCAACGCUACAGUCUCUCUACGUUUUCUACUGGAGAAUUGGAUGAUCAGGAUAACUUAGCCAUUGCUACCUAAAAAUCCACAGCUAGCUAGCCUACCUAGCUCUAGUAUUUCUCAAUGACAGAUAACGCUACUACUGUCUGAGCUAGUAGAGAGCAAGCCAGCGUAGCUAACUGACGUUGCCUAAGACCUGCCGAUCACUGGACAUAAAGUAUUUGUAUCUAGUUAUGACAGUCAAAUCAUUGGUGGCUAGUGCUAGCUAGCUAAUCAGCUAGCUAGCACUUGAAAUUUGUACUAUCAAAUAGUGCAACUUCUAACAUUAUUAAUCUAGUAGACCGGUGAUGGUUGUCAGAUAGCCAGACGGAGCGGUGCUAGUUUACCCAACCCAGCUUGUCAGGAUAGUUUCCCCAUCGCACUGACUGUCAAAGGAACGGCGACCUUAUAUGGACACAUUGUCAUUUGCUAAGAAAGGUUCUUUGCUUUUAACAUUUCUUAACAACAAAUCCGUCGGGACUCGUGGGUCGCCAGAAACCUAUUGGUUUAAAUUAAGGCUUAGUUAGCUGUCUUGUUAGCCAGCCAAUGUUGUUAGCCUAAAUUGCUAACGUUACGUUAGCCAGGCUUUGCUCAUUCAAUCGCUGGCUAAUCCUAAACUCUAGUUAUAAUAGCUAGGCUAUCUGUUAAACAGCUCCCAGGAAUUAUUGGUGACAGUUUCGAUUACAAGAUUGGAAAAGUAACAUCACUACAAUGAAGAAAUUUUUCGAUUCACGCCGGGAACUUGUAAGUUCUGGGCCUGGUUCUGGAGCGGGUGGCGGAGGCGGUGGAUCUAGUUGUGGUGGCAGCUUCAUUGGACGGGUUUUCACCAUUGGACGGUAUCAAGUCACCGUUGAGGAAACAGUUGCUGAAGGAGGCUUUGCGAUCGUCUUCCUGGUGAGGACUCACCAGGGCGUGCGCUGCGCCCUCAAAAGGAUGUACGUCAACAACGAACACGACCUGCAGAUCUGCAAGCUGGAGAUUCAGAUCCAGAGGGACCUGGUGGGCCACAAGAACAUUGUGGGGUUCCUGGAUUCCAGCAUCUCUGCCGUGGGGGCCGGAGAUGUCUGGGAGGUGCUCAUCCUCAUGGACUUCUGCAGAGGAGGACAGGUGGUGAACCUGAUGAACCAGAGGUUGCAGACGGGCUUCACGGAGGCUGAGGUGCUGCAGAUCUUCUGUGACACCUGCGAGGCGUUGGCCCGCCUCCACCAGUGCAAGACACCAAUCAUCCACCGCGACCUGAAGGUGGAGAACAUCCUGCUCCACGACCGGGGCCACUACGUCCUGUGUGACUUUGGCAGCGCCACCAACCGCUUCCAGAACCCACAGACAGAGGGCGUGCCCGUGGUGGAGGAAGAGAUCAAGAAGUACACCACACUGUCGUACCGGUCUCCUGAGAUGGUCAACCUUUACGGAGGCAAGGUCAUCACUACAAAGGCUGACAUCUGGGCCAUGGGCUGCCUGCUCUACAAGCUGUGCUACUUCACGCUGCCGUUCGGGGAGAGCCAGGUGGCUAUCUGCGACGGCAGCUUCACCAUCCCAGACAACUCCCGCUACUCCCACGACAUGCACUGCCUCAUCCGAUACAUGCUGGAGCCUGACCCAGACAUGCGUCCAGAUAUCUACCAAGUGUCGUACUUUGCCUUUAAGCUGGCCAGGAGAGACUGCCCCGUCCAGAACGUACAUAUCUCCGCCGUUCCCGCCAAACUCCCCGAGCCAAUCAGAGCCAGCGAAGCGGUGGCCAAGAAGAGCCAGAGCCAGAGCAAAGCCAGGCUCACUGACCCCGUGCCCACCCUGGAGACCUCCAUAGCCCCGCGCCAGCGCCCCAAGGCCGGCCAGGCCCAGCCCAUCGGCAUCCUGCCCAUCCAGGCUGCCCUCACCCCCCGCAAGAGGCCCGCCGUGGGGGCAGGGGGCCCGUCGACCAUGGGUGUCGGUACGGGUGUGGCCCUUCCCUCUGCCAGCGUCCAAUCAGCUCAGCAAGCCCCUGCGGGCCAAUCGGGCCCCUCGCCGCCCCAGGCCACGCCCCAGGCCACGCCCCAGGCCACACCCCAGCACCAGCAGGUCUUCAUGCAGCAGCACCCUGCUCCCUUCUUCAUCCCACAGCACCAGCUCAACCAGCAGCAUCCACUGGUGCAGAAACUCUACCAACAACAACAACAGCAGCAGCAGCAGCCGCAGUGCCCCGCUCCCGCCCCCCAGCCCUCUGCACCAGACCAGCCCCCUGCACCAGACCAGCCCCCUGCACCAGACCAGCCCCCUGCACCAGACCAGCCCCCUGCACCAGACCAGCCCUCUGCACCAGACCAGGCCUCUGCACCAGACCAGGCCUCUGCACCAGGCCAGCCCAGGGCUAAGCCUCUCGCUCCAGCUGCUCCCUUGCAGCAUCAUCCAGCCGUCCCUGCCGCGGUGACCCCCAUCCCCGAGCCUGCAGCGCUCCCUGCAGCCCAGCCCGCCACCCCCAGCCCUCCGGCCUCCGGCCCCGCAGACGACCCCGACGCCAUGACCCCUGGCCGCGGGGCGCACAAGGUCGGCUCCCUGACGCCCCCCUCGUCCCCCAAGAUGGCCGCCCGGGGCGGGCACCGGCGCAUCCUGAGCGACGUCACCCACAGCGCCGUGUUCGGCGUCCCCGUCAGCAAGUCCACCCAGCUGCUGCAGGCAGCGGCGGCCGAGGCCGGCCUCAACAAGUCCAAGUCGGCCAGCACCACCCCGUCCGGCUCGCCCUGCUCCUCCCAGCAGAGCGUGUACCAGCCGGGGGAGCCGGGGGCCCCCUCCGCCCCCGCCGCCUCCAGCGCCCAGCCCAGCUGGAACCCCUUUGGGGACGACAACUUCUCCAAACUGACGGCGGAGGAGCUGCUGAACAAGGACUUUGCGAAGCUGGCCGAGACCAGGGAGAGCCUCAUCCCAGGGCUGCAGUCGCUCUCCACGGCCACAGGGGGGGCCAAAGCAUUCCCAGCUGAGAGAACCGCUGACAUCCUGGGUUUGGAUGCCGGCUCAGCGCUGUUGAGUGUCCCUGAUCCCUUUAACGCCCUGUCCCUCUCUAGCUCUCCAGAGAAGCUGAUCGAGGGGCUCAAGUCCCCAGAGACAUCUCUGCUGCUCCCUGACCUUUUACCCCUGAAUGACCCCUUCAGUAGCUCUGCAGAGGGGCCUUGCCAUGCAGGAAAAGCAGAGAUGAGCGUGGACUCCCUGAUCGCAGGCCUGGAUGCCCCCCAGACCCAGAGACUGCCAGCCCAGCCGGAGCCCACCUCAGCCAGCCUGACAGACCCUCUGGUUGGUGAGGCCUCUCUCCUGGGCUGUUCUCUGCUGCCUCACCACCCCCCCCCUGGGUCUGCCCCAGCCUCCUCAGCCCCUCCCUCUGGCUCCUGUCUGGACGAGCUAGCCUCCAUAUCUCUGAACCCUGGCCAGCCAGCUCCCGACUCUGCUGUCCUCACCUCCGGGGAGAAGGGCCCCCAGGACGAGUUUGACCCCAUCCCUGUGCUCACCUCGAAAAGCGUCAGUCAAGAGCCGGAAGGGGAGAGCAAUGGCUACGCUGUGCUGAGCGAGGCCCCUGAGGCCGAACUUCCGGAAGACUGCCUCGGAGCGACCCAGGGCUGUGUCCACUCCAGUGAUGAAGAGGAGGAGGAGGAGGGAGCUGAGGAGCAGGGGAGAGGGGCCGUGGUGAACCACUCUGCAGGGGCCCCGGACUGCAGCGGCUCCCAGCCUCUCCUGCUCGAUUCGGAGGAAGAAGAGGACGUUCCCGACUUCACCCCGCCCCAGCCUUCUCAGGCACCCUUGCCUCUACCCUCCACCCCCUCCCACCAGCCUGCCCCCAGCCCCCCCAAGCAGACUUCCCUGGGGACCGAGGCCCCCCCGCCCGACGUAUUCUCCAAAGCCCCCUUUCGGAUCGGGCAAGGAGAAGCCAGCGACGUGUUUGCCAACGCCCCCUUCGUCCGCCCCCCCUCCGCGGUCCAGGCCCAUCCCGACGUCUUCCUCCAGGCCCCCUUCGGGAAGAGGAAGGAGGCGACGGGGGUCGUGGGGAAGCCCCCCCAGCCAAAGCACCCGUACCCGGCCAUGGUCCACCCCGAACAGGCCCUCCUGGACCAGAUGGCCUCCCAGCCGUUCCGACCCCAGGCCCUGGCCAAGUAUUCCAGGCACUUUGAGGGCCCGGUCCCCCCUCAGCAGCAGCCUGUGUCGGCCCACAGGGGCACCUCCGGUGUGAACAGGCAGGCCUCCCUGGGCUCUGGAGCCCUGCCCUCGUGGGCCUCUGAGGUGAACGCUGCCGUGGACCCCUUCGUCUCGGCGCCCUUCCACCUCAAGGCCCCGCAGGACAAGCCCUGAGCGGGGGGGCGGUGAUCUGGAGGAGGGGGGGGGAGGGGGGUUGUGUUGGAGCCGUUAACACGGAGCACUAUGGUAGAGUUGGCACGCUGCAUGCUGUACCCAGCGCCCAGGCUGGGCUGCAGGGCUGCAUGGAACUCGCUCAUUCCAUCCUUGACUGACACUUGAUCAGAAGCACACGGUCGAGGCACUUUCCCGCUGCGGUUAGAAUAAGGAGGUUUAGAUAAAUCUCAGUUAUCUCCGUGCUGGGCCUUGUCAUACUUUAAUGUUAUAGUCAUGCACAGACAUUAUUGGGGAGGGGGGGGGUGUAAAGAUGGUGUUAUUUUUUUGUUUUUUUCUUGUCCUUUUUUUUUUCUCGCCUACCUCAGAGUUUUCCUAUGAGAGCGUAUUCUUACUGAUAAAGAGAGCUCCACUAGGGGGCCUCCUCCAGGUGUUGAUUUUCCUUCCUCCAUCCCUCCACCAUUCCUUCCUGUUCUCCAUCGGCAACGGCUCCUCUUCCUGUACCUAUCCCAGCUAUGGUGCGUCCUGUUACUGUGACAACCAUUCCUCUACUCUGUUAGUUAGCUCCCUUCACCAGGAGCACCAGUCAAGCCUGCUGUACAGGGACAUCUGUAAGGAGACCUUUCUUUUUUUUUUUAUGGGUCUGAAUGAUUUUUACCUGGUUUCAUUUCCUCUUUAUAGGUAGAAUACUAUAACGGCAUUUAACUCUUGGCAGUGCUGUCAAAUGUUGGUAAUUUAUGUAGGGUGAUAAUCAGAUGCUGGAUUAUGUUGCACAUGUAAUGAAUUGUGAGGAGAUAUUUUAGCUGUGUUGAUUUGUAUUAAUUUGUCAUUAAUCAUGUCCUAUGUUUUAUGUAGUCCUUUGAUUUUUCUAUUCUGUAACCAACAUUGCUGAAAUCACAAAACUACGUUGUUGUGUUUUGGGGUAUAUCCAUGUACAAUCUCACUCCAUGUACUAUGUCAGUCUUGCACACCUUUAACAUGAACGUUAUGCAAGUCUAUCCUCCAGAGGUGUACCAAGAGAAGGCUUUUCAGCAAAUAUGCCCGGCAUUAACGUCACUCCGUUUGGGGGUGUGUGAGUCUGUGGGUCAUCGUAACAUCACAGUAAUGGAGAAAAACCAAGAAUCUACAGUAACUUAUUCUGAGGCCUUGAACUCUUCAGCCCGUGUCCACACGGGGGCGCUCUGCCCCUCCGCCACAGGCCCUUCGUCAUAUCUCCCGCGGCCCGCUCAGGAUCACUCUCUCCUCCUCCAGCUGCUCACACACGAUCACUCCGAGCGCCGCGUCCUUCAUCAGCACUGGAUCACUUCCUGCUCUCCCCUCAUUGUAUAUGGGACACGGCUUUUUUGAGGAAUGUAUUUGAGCUCUUAAAGGGGGGGAUGCUUGGCUCCAAGCGUUCACCAGAAGCAGUCACCCCUCUCCACGUCUUAUCGGACACCGUGGCAGUUUGGCGCGGCCUGAAUCGAAACGCAAUGUAGUAUGGAAGAGAGGCGAGUGUGCUUUCCAAAUGGCUGUUGUAGAAUAGAAUCUGAAGCACGUGUUAUUCCCUACUUUAAUGAUGAGGUGAUGGGAACCAUUGUAGAGACCCAUAACUGUUUCCUGUGAAGCACGAUGACAAUUGCUGAUUUUACAGGAAUCCAUUUUGAGUUUUGUUUUACUUUCCUUAAUUUGAGUGUAUGACAAGUCUUAUCUUCACUGUUUGGCAGUUUUGCUGUGCAAAUGAAGACUGCAUCCGCAAUGAUUAUGUUCUACAAAAUACAUUUGUUGUGGUGACACAUUUUGUGAACACUUUCUGUCUUCGCUGUAGUUUGUUGGAACGUGAGGCAUCUUAUUCUACAGUAAGCCCCACCUGCUAUAAACUAUGGCACCCAUAUCAAAGUACUUGAGUCAUCCAAAGCUUGCCUUUGAUGAAAACCAUGAUGUGUUGUAUGUCAUAUCAAUGUUAUUAAAUGAAUGUAAGCCAGAC